ACCAGCCAACAGCCAGCUUCGUGCUGACAGCAGCUCUCGGAUAAUGGCACCCAGCGCUCUCUCCCUGGAAAUCCUGACACCCAAAGAGAAGAACAGACUCAGAAAACCCAUUGUAGAGAAACUGCGUCGCGAUAGGAUUAACAGCAGCAUUGAGCAGCUGAAGCUGCUCCUGGAGAAGGAGUUCCAGAGACACCAACCCAACUCCAAGCUGGAGAAAGCCGACAUCCUGGAGAUGACUGUCAGCUACCUGAAAUACAGCCGAGCUUUUGCAGCCUCUGCCAAAAGCCUACAGCAGGAUUACUGCGAAGGGUAUGCCUGGUGCCUCAAAGAAGCUCUGCAAUUCCUGUCUCUCCAUUCAGCAAACACAGAAACUCAGAUGAAGCUGAUCUGCCAUUUCCAGAGGUCACAAGCAAUGCCCAAGGACUCCGGUUCUCCUUCUGCAUCCACUUCCACUCACCAGCCCUCAGCAAAACAAACACCAGUGAAGCCUUCCUGCAACCUCUGGAGGCCUUGGUAGGCCAAGAGCACGCUCACCAUCACCUGGACACUGGUGCACAUUCCAGAGGAGACUACGACUUGCUACAGAAGUCCCCCUACUCCUCUCACCAGUAGGAAAAAAUGUUUUCCUUCUGCAGAGCAUUACUGCGUGUGGAUGCCUGCUUCCCUUCUUCCAGAAGGACCGAAAUGUUCCCACCAUGUGGAGAGAAAGUUAUUCUGAAGGAAUGCAGGACGUAACCCUCCUGCUAGGAGGACCGAGUCGUUCAGAGAGGAACGCCGACUGUUCUUAACCUUAGUGAGGUUGCACGGGUACAUCUGUUAAGAAAGCUAUAUCCGCUGAGAUGUUCAGGUCAGCGUUUUCAGGUGUCCGCUCAGCAGCAGCCCCCCCUGCCUCCUGCCCUGCUCGGGGCCCCCACACCGCCUGCACCUGAGCCACAGGCUGCAGCUGGGGCUGGGCUAAGCGCACACACGUGAAAACCUGGCUGCCAGCAGGUUCUAUGAUAUUUGUAGACUGUACUGAGCAUGCUCCAGAAAUGGCUAAACCAUAACUCAAGCUGUGUAGAGGAAAUUCCUCGGGAUGUCUUGCUCGCAAAGUCAGAGUGCUGUUUGUGAGGUUCAGGAUAUGUAUGCCUUUUAUAAAGGCAAGAGCUCCUUCUAAUAUCCUUAUAGGAAUGAAAGUUACGGCUG